AUGGUGUCACCUUCCCUACAAGCAUUGGCCAAGAAACUAUUGGUUGUGGGAGGCACAGGUGGCGUUGGCUUCCAAGUCUGUAAAUUGGCCGUUGCUCGUGGAUGGGAUGUAACAAGCUUAAGUCGUCGCGGUAAACCCACUUUGACAGAAUCCAAUCAAAAGGACUUUAUUGCACCCCAUGGGUGGGCAACCAAGGUCAAUUGGGCACAAGGGGAUUCAUUGGAACCCAGCACAUAUAAGGAUGCGAUUGCAGGCGCUAAUGCUGUCGUCCACUCAGUUGGACUGUUGCUAGAGGACAAUUACAAGGAUAUUCUCCAUAGUCAAAACUUUGAAGAGCUUACCAAAAACAUCCAGACUAUGUUUCGCGGUCAGAACCCUCUUGAUACUUCAAAAGCACCUAAAUCUGGAUUGACCUAUGAGAAAGUGAACCGUGAUACUGCAAUUACUCUUGCAAAUGAGGCUGGGAAGGAAGGUGUUGAAAGCUUCGUUUAUAUCUCUGCAGCCUUCGUCGCACCUAUAAUUCCAAACCGCUACCUUACCACUAAACGUGAAGCCGAGAAUGCGCUUUUGACUCACCCAUCUGCAAUCCGACCCAUUAUUUUUCGUCCUGGAUUCAUGUCCACGCCUGAUAGGCCAGUGACUGUACCCUUGGCAGGAUUGCUCACCAUCUCCAGUACUGUGUUGGGUAAUGCCUUAAAGGGGACCGUUCCAUUUGCACAAGCCCUCUCUACACCACCUAUCAGCAUGGAAACCAUGGCAAGAGCCAUCAUGAACUCAAUUGAGAACAAGGAGAUCAGAGGUAUUGUAGAUGUCGAUGGUAUUGUAGAACUGGCGAACAAUCCGAAGAGCAAAGAUGUGGGGGCUAAUACGAAGGAAGUCGAAAAUGUAGAAAAAAAAGACUAA